AUGACUGAGUUUGAAUACGAGGUCGAGAAGCAGCAAUUCCUGGCUCCUCAACUACGACAUCAUCACAUCGCUGUCGCACUUUGUGGCAGAAAUGCAUCAGAGACUAAAUCUCCUUCCAUCUUCCAGAUCGUAGCCAUACACAUAAAAGCGCCGAAAAAAGCAGGCGGCUUCAGCAUUCACAGUUACGAUCUGAACAUCAAAGCCAUUGGCAACACUGUCGACAACGUUGAAAGGAAGAAGAAGAAAUCUGGAGGAUCGAGACCCAUAGACAAACCCCUGAAUACGACUUCAUCUAGUAAAAAUAGUUCACGGGACAAAAGGGAAGUUAAAAAUUUAGAACUAACUUCUGAAGAGCUGAUAUAUUUUUCAAGUGAACGUGAAAAAAGUGAAAGAUUUAUAGAUCAAGAAAGUAACAUUUCGAUUGACAAAACGCUAGACGCAGAAUUUAUCAACGCCUGGGCUUUUACCGAGAAACCUAAUAAUCAAGAAAAAAGUAGAAUUGCCGAGAGCACUUACUGUCGUUUGAACAGUUCGUACAUGCCUACUUUAGAUUAG